UUCUUUAGAAUUAUUUUACAAGCUCGAUCUGGCUCGAUCAUUCAGUUCUUUUGUGAAUUUUGAAGUCGUUGGUUGGAUAUAAAAUUUGUAAAAGAUUUUUUGCAAACGAUCAUUGAAUUAAGAAACUUAACUAGAUUGCAUUUAAUAAAUUGAUGCUACAAAACAUAGUGAAUUAUAAUUUAGAGAAACAAUAAAUGUUUAAGAGACUUUUUAAAAAUCUUAAGGUUUAACUGAUAAGAAACAUGAGCUCACAUUAUGAACGUGGACAACAUAGAGGUGAAGAAAGAGGUAGAGAUUAUGAAAAGAACAGAGAUAGUUUUAGAGGCAGGGAUGGCUUUAGGGGCAGAGAUCGAGGGUUUGGUGAUCGUGAUGCAAGUAAUAAAAGACCACGUGAUGAUUCUGUUGGAUCUGAUAGAAUAGGAAAGUUUUCAAGAGGUCGUGGUAGGGGUAGAGGUGGUCGAGGAGGCAGAGGUGGUUUUAAACGUAUGGAAAAACCCGAAAAACCUGAAUUUUUUGACUCUCCAGUAACAAGACCAGACAAUUUGGUCAAAAAAGGAGAAACUGAAAGAAAUGAUGAAGUCGUUAAGCUUUGUGCUAAUUAUUUCAAAGUUUCAUCAAUGAACCCAGUUGCAAUGAAAAUGUACAGCGUUGAUUUUGAGCCUCCAAUGUUUAAUCCCAAGUUCUGCAAAAUUCUUGUCAACAACUUGAAGGAUGAACUUGGAGUUCAUGUCUUUGAUGAUAAAAACUCAAUUUACUUACUGAAUGAGCCAAGUCAAUCUUCAUUUCGCACAGCUUUACGGGACGGAAGUGAAUUUACACUGAGAUUUACUUUUCGUCGAAAAAUUGAAUACAAUGAAGCAACUUACUUCCAAAUAAUGAAUCUAGUGAUCAGAAAAUCCUUACAAGAUAUGAAUUUGGAAUUAAUUGGAAGAAAUUAUUUUGAUCCAAAAGCAAGCAUGACAAUUCAUGGUGCAAAGCUUCAAAUUUGGCCAGGUUUUGCUACCGCAAUUCGACAAUUUGAGAAAAGUCUUCUUUUAUGCUGUGAUUUUACUCACAAAGUAAUAAGGGAAGAAACUGUAUUGAGCAUAUUAAAAGACUGCCAACAAGCUUCAAGAGAUGAUAGAGAAUAUCAAAUGAUGGCUAAAAAGCGCAUAGUUGGGAUGACAGUCAUUUCUGCAUAUAAUAAUAAGAAUUAUAGAAUUGAUGAUAUUGACUUCAGAAAGUCACCGCAAGAUACUUUUGAAAUAAAUGGCAAAACUAAGUCAUUUGUAGAAUAUUUUUCUGAAAGAUACAAUAUUAAAAUCCGUGAUUAUCGUCAGCCAAUGCUGAUUUCUAAGCCAAAAGCAAGGGAUCGUCGUGGAGGAAGAAACCUUGCAGUUUCAUUGAUCCCUGAAUUGAGUAGCCCUGUUGGAGUGACUGAUGAAAUGAGAAAUGAUUUCGGAAAAAUGAGAGAUUUGGCAGAUAAGACACGAAUGACACCACAACAACGUGUCGAACGUUUGUUUAAUUUUAAUAAAAGAUUGAAAAGUGAUGGUGCUCAGUCAUUAGAUUCAAAUCAAUUAAGUGUUGAUGAUCGUCUUGUCGAAUUCGAUGGUCGCAAGUUACCAGAACAGAAAAUUAUUUUUGGAAGAACCGAUGCUGGAGAUGUUAAAGUUGUGGAUCUCAAAAGAUCAGAAAAUAUCGGUGAAUGGACAUCAAACUUAAAAGAUGUUGUAAUGUUUAAAGCAAUGAGUGUUGAGCGAUGGAUUUUCAUGUUCCCACAAUCAUUGGAAAAACAAUCUGAGGCUUUUUUGGAGAAAUUCAUGAAAGCUGGUGGAAAACUUGGCAUGCAAAUUUCGAAACCUAAGAAAGUUCUUCUGCCUAAUGAUAGACCUGACGCUUACGUUGACAAAAUCCAAACUUAUUUGGAAAGAGAUUGUGGAUUUUUAUUGAUUGUUGUCCCAAACAUAAGAGCUGAACGUUAUCGCAUGAUUAAACAAACGAGCUUAAACUCAAGAUUUAAACCAACUCCAACACAAGUUAUUACAUUAAAAGUUAUGGAUUCAAAGGCUGGAUUAUCUGUUGCAACGAAUGUUGCCAUUCAAGUCAACUGUAAGUUAGGCGGAAUUCCAUGGAGCAUCGAUAUUCCAAUCAGUGGAUUAUUAACUAUUGGAUUUAGUAUCACAAAUGAUACUCAAGAUAAGAAAUUAGCUUAUGGAGCUAUGGUUGCAUCCAUGAAUCCUGGGAAGUCAAAUGGAACCUUCUUCUCUUGUGUCAAUAUGCAUUCUAAAGGUUCCAAUUGUUCUGAUUAUUUUGGUGUAAAUAUCAUAAAAAUGAUCAUGAGAUACAAGAAUACAUAUCAAGCACUUCCAGAACGAGUCAUAAUAUACAGAGAUGGAGUCGGUGAAGGUCAAAUUCAAUAUGUUGUUGGUCAAGAAUUAAAUGAUGUCAACUCGAAACUUGAUAUGAUAUACUCCAAAUGUGGAUCUAAGCCUCAAGUUGCAUUCAUAAUUAUUAAUAAAAGAAUCAACACAAGAAUUUUCUCAAAACAAAGAGAUUCUUAUGACAACCCAUUGCCAGGAACAGUCGUAGAUGAUGUCAUUACACUUCCAGAGAGAUAUGACUUUUAUCUAAUUUCUCAAAGUGUAAAACAAGGAACAGUUGCACCUACUUCAUACAACAUCAUUUAUGAUACAAGUUGUCUUAAGCCAAAGGAAAUGCAAUUGCUUUCCUACAAAUUGUGUCAUUUGUACUAUAACUGGAGUGGGACAACUCGUGUUCCAUCCGUGGUUCAAUACGCUCAAAAACUUGCAUUCCUGUUUGGACAGCAUCUUCAUUUAAAUGAAAGCACUACAUUCGAAAAAAUGGACAAUCAUAGACAACUUUACUUUUUGUAAGAAUUGACGGUUGAUUUUUAAUUACAUGCUUUAUAAUCAUGUGUUGCAUAAAAGUUGACAAAUAUUAAUAAAG